AUGUCUCGUCUACUAGAACUCCCCAACGAGCUCCUUCACGAUAUUGCGCUUUUCGCUUCCUACGACGGUUACAGCCACUCAUGUCUAAAGUCCUUGACUCUUACCAACAAGCGGCUUCGAGAAAUCGCAUUCCCUCUACUGGCACGCCAUUGGGAUAAUUGUGUCUGUGCGACAAUGUUUCAACGACUGGUUCUACACCUUUUUACGUACCCUCAGCAUCGCUCUCAGCUUAGAUCGCUGCAAUUUACGAACAUUUUUUGGUACGCGGAUCCAAUGGUACGCGAGAGACUUAUCCAGUUCCGGGUAUCAUUACAAGAAGAGAUCUUGAACGAGCUAGCAGAGGAAGCCAAAAGGACUCUGCCACAUCUUGCCGAAUCCAAUGAGGACUGGAUUGAUCGCAUCCGACAGGGCUCCAUAGACGCGAUUAUGGUACUGAUCUUGGCCUGGGCAACAAGCUUGACCAAAAUCCGUCUGUGGUUCAGAGAGAUCUGCAUGUCUGAUGACAAAGAUCUGUUGAGUCACUGUUUAUCAAGUCAUCCCCGGCUCAAAUACAUCCAUAUCGACCUGGAAUACUUCCUUCCACUCCCCAAAAACGUGGAUUCAUUCGCGCCAGAUUCUCUAGUCUCUCUACUGCCAGCGUCUCUAACGGGUCUAAAUAUCAGUUGGCUCGCACGAUAUGACAUGCGCAACCGUCCAGACCCGCCACUUCCACGCAGGUAUAACGGAAGUCGGACCUGCUCUCGCAUUAGGGAAGCCAUUGAGAUGUUGCUGCAGGAAGCUGGACCGGAACGCAAAUUCACAGCUGUGACAGUCGCCCAGACAGCCUGA